AAAAAGUAUCAAAAGCUACUUACUUUAUUUAAAAAUAAAGACAUUCAGAAACAUUAGGUAAUGUAUUUUUUUUUCUAAAUUAUCACUAAGGAAAAAAAAAAAGACACUGACUAGCCAUUUUUCAUCUGCUCUUAAUCUGUGGCCAUUACAUUGCACUUUUUCUUUGAGCCAGAUCGAUGUGCCAGGGCCUACUCCUUGUAACUGUCCCUAAAUAGCUCACACACAUACACACACAGUUUGCAACCAUAUGAAACACGACUCCCUGCACUGUUGCUUGACGCGGACAUUUGGAUUCCCACCCCAUUCCACAGUGGAAUAUAGGGCUCUAUUUAUAGUGCUGGUGGAGCCUGUGGCCCUGAGCUCUGCAGAACGCACUCAUUAAAACCACUUUCCCUAGUACACUUCAACUCAAAGCCCAGCACACUUCAGUGUGUGGGAGAGUGGAAACCGUGCUAGAGAGAGUAAGAGAUCAGAGAAGUUAAUCUGUGUUAAAAGAAGAAGAAAGUUUGAAGAAACUGGGAACCUGAUUCCAUCGCAUGUGGGAUAUUUACUGGAUUUUGCUAAUCUUGUUAUGAAGAGACACUUCAGCAAAAGCAGCAUCUUGAAGGUCGACUUGUGUGGAACUUCCAGUGGUCACGAUCAACUGACAAACACCACAGAACAAGACCUGCGAGGACAAGGUGACUAUGUAAAGACCCAAGCUGUAAGUUGUCCUAGAAAGCCAUCGACUGGAAUUUGGAACUUUAUGUAUAUAACAGCAAUGAUUUGAAUUUAAAAGUCAGUUCUCUUAUGGUCAUUCUAUUGCUUUUGCUAUAGCUUGCUAGAUAGUCUUUUGUCUUCAAGUUCCUCUUCACUCACAGACAGAGAGAGCAUCCAAAGUUUUUACUGUAAUCCGAUCCUACACACUCUCCAGUAAUUAUAAAGCAAAGCUGGGAAGCAGUAAAGGAGGUUUGUCAUUAAGGCUGCCUAAAUAAAAAGCCAGGCAAAGGGCGAGGUUUGUGGAUUGGGCCGUGGAGGUGCAGUGACACUCAUCUGAUUCAUCGAGGUCCACCCAAAGCUUCCCAUGGACCCCCAAGGAGGCCAUUAUCUAAACAGGGCAGCAGUACUGUCUGGAGUCGGCGCUGCCCGGAUGUGCCAGCUGCUUCUAGGUUGCACCACCAUGGCCUUGGUGGCCCACAGUGCAGGUUUCAGCGCCACCUACGGGACCUACUGCAUGUUCGUCUGGUGCUUCUGCUUUGCCGUCACACUGGUGGUCUUCACUCUGGAUGUGACGAGGCUACACGGGUGUAUGCCUAUCUCCUGGGACAACUUCACUGUGGCCUUUGCCAUGUUGGCCACUCUCAUGUACGUCACGGCUUCGAUAGUCUACCCCGUCUACUUCCUCAGAUCCGAGUGCCCAUCCGAGGGCUGCGAGGUGCGCAACUAUCGCAUCGCCGUCACCGUCUGCUCCAGCGUCUGCUCCUUCGCUUACGGAGCCGAGGUAUUCAUCACACGGGCCAAGCCGGGCCACGUGGUUGGCUACAUGGCCACUGUGUCUGGUCUGCUCAAGGUGGUCCAAGCCUUCAUAGCCUGCAUCAUCUUCGGGGCUCUUGCCAAUGACAGUGAAUACAACCGGCACAUCCCUACACAGUACUGCGUGGUGGUCUACAGCCUGUGCUUCGCUGUAACCGUUGUGGUGGUGGCUCUGACUGUCUCGGGGAGAACGUCUUCGCUGCGCUUCCCUUUUGACCGCUUUGUGGUCAUCUACACCUUCAUGGCUAUGCUGCUGUAUCUAAGUGCUGCUGUGGUCUGGCCAGUUUUUAGUUUUGAUAAGAAGUAUGGCACCCCGGGGCGACCAGAAGACUGUCCGAGAGGAAAGUGCCCAUGGGACAGCAAGCUGGUGAUUGCUGUGUUCACUUGUGCCAAUCUGGUACUGUACUUCACCGAUCUGGUUUACUCUCAAAGAAUACGAUUUGUCUCGCAUUCAGCUGCAUAAGACCAGCUCAUCUCCAGAACGGUGGACAUAUGAAUACUGGAAACGAGGCUUGAAAAUGUUGUAACAUACAGCCAUGCCAAUAAAAUACAGCCGUGUGUACUUGUAGUACUUUAAAAUACUCUGGAUUUUUGUAAUUUUGUUGAUUAAAAUGAAAAUGUUUAGACUUUCCAACUGCAAUUCUAACUCCAAUUGAUUUUUUUCUUUGUAUUAUUUGAUAAAGUUGUUACUUUGCUUAGUAGAAUGAAAUCAAAGCAAGUUUAGACUCUAUUCCAAUGUACCAUUUGACUUCUGUGACAGUACCUCUCCUCAAUUCAUUGACACUAUAAGUCUUAAAGGGAUAGUUCACCCAAACAUGUAAAUUCUGCCAUUGUUUGUUUACUUUUAUGCCAUUUUAAACUGGCUUUAUUUCUUCUGUAGAACACAAAGGAAGAUAUUCUGAAAAUGCUGUCAGUUUUGGUGAUUGUAUUGGACAAAAUUCAUAGAUCUUGGGGAUGACAUGAGGAUGAGUAAAAGAUGACAGAAAUGUUUAAACUAUCCCUUUAAGAUUUUUUUUUUUUAAGUUUGUUGUGAAUUAGAACAGUUAUUAUAUGGCUUACGUAAUUUUUA